CUUUAGCUUUAUCUUUACUGCAUGCUUUAUUCAUUCUCAACAGUGUUAAUAGUGUGUGCUCUGUUUCUCUCUGUUUUUUCCCACUGUUAUAAACAAACAAACAAGGCUUGGUCAGUAGUCACACACAGACAGAGACAAAUUCAGUAUUCGCAAAGAGAAACAAUCAAGAAAUGGAAAUCCUCUCACAGAUGUGGUCGCUACUCGGCCUUCUCACUGUUCUCCAGAACAUCCUGCCAUCACAGCUCCUCUGCCUUCUCCACUCCUUCUACGAGUCUCUCCAAGACCUCAUCUCCCCUUACUCCUACUUCGAAAUCCCCGAAUUCAAUGGCUACUGCGGCGUUGAUGUGAAUGACCUCUACCGUCAUGUUAGCCUUUACCUCAACUCCGUUAACCCCUCCGCCUCCUGCCGCCGCCUUACCCUCUCUCGCUCUAUAUCCUCCAACCGGAUUACCUUCACUGUAGCUCCCAACCAUUCCGUCCACGAUACCUUCAAAGGCCACUCCGUCUCCUGGACGCAUCACGUCGACACCGUCCAAGACUCCUUGGAAGAGAAACGUAGCUUCACUCUCACGCUACCGAAACGACAUCGCCAAGCGAUUUUGACACCAUACCUGGAGCAGGUGACUUCACGUGCUGAGGAGUUCGAGCGUGUUUCGCGUGAGCGGAGGCUGUUUACUAACAACGGUCACGGAUCAUACGAGUCCGGUUGGGUUUCCGUUCCCUUCCGUCAUCCUUCCACGUUUGAAACACUGGCGCUUGAGCCACAACUCAAGAAGCAAAUCACGGACGACUUGACGGCGUUCGCUAAUGGCAAAGAGUAUUACCAUAGAGUGGGUCGGGCAUGGAAGCGCGGGUACUUACUGUACGGCCCGCCCGGGUCUGGCAAAUCGAGCUUGAUUGCAGCCAUGGCUAAUUACUUGCGCUAUGACGUUUAUGACCUUGAACUCACCAAAGUCACCGACAAUUCAGAGCUUCGAGCUCUACUCAUUCAAACCGCAAACCGAUCCAUCAUUGUCAUCGAAGACAUUGAUUGUUCAGUCGAUCUAACUGCCGAUAGGAUGUCAAAAUCAACAGCGAAGAAAUCACAACAGCCGGGAGCGAAGAACAGUGUGGAGGAGACCGGGAGAGUGACGUUAUCGGGCCUACUAAACUUCACCGACGGACUCUGGUCAUGCUGUGGAGAGGAGAGAAUCAUAGUGUUCACAACGAAUCACAGAGAAAAUGUGGAUCCAGCACUGGUCCGAUGCGGGCGUAUGGACGUGCACGUGAGCCUCGGCACGUGCGGGGUUCAUGCGUUCAAGGCCUUGCUGGCGAACUAUCUUGGGCUGGACUCGCACCCGUUGCUGGACGUGGUCGACAGUUGCAUAAGAUCCGGUGGGUCCCUGACGCCAGCUCAGAUAGGGGAGAUAUUGUUGAGAAACAGAAGGAAUGCUGAUGUGGCGAUGAAGGAGGUAGUGUCAGCAAUGCAGGGGAGGCUGAUAUUAACUGGAGGGACUCGGAGGGAUAUAACGGAGUAUGAUGAUGGAGUAACAAGGUCGCCGGAGAGUGUGCUGACUGCGGUGGGGUCGCCGGAGAAUUGGGAGUCGUCGCCAGGGAGGUUUGGCGGGAAGAAGAGGAAGCAGGAAGGAUGUAAUUGGGAUAAGAGGGUAAAUUUCCUUGUUAGAUUAAGAUCUUUGACCAAGUCAGACUCUGGUAGAAGCAAAUAAUUAGAUUCUUCUUGAUGACUUUUCUUCUUUUUGACUAUCUGUAUUCUGUAGUCAAUAGCACUUGGGCUGGUUUAGUAACUUUUGGUUGUGAUGGUGUAGAUUAAUUUUCCACCAAACUGAAAGUUAAUCCCACAACAAAAAAUGGGUAUGUUUG